AUGGCCACCAAAGGACGUAAAAAACGCGGAAGUAAAGAUUCAACCUCCAGCAAUGCUGGCAGUGGCGAUGGCGAGAGUGGUGAUAAGAAAAAGAAAGAGGGAGGCAAAAAGAAGAGUUCCAGCAGUAAAUCUAUCGGAUGUGAUAUUUUCAAUGAUGCGGCAAUGGAUAAUGCCUAUUAUGUGUGUCAUAAUGUACAGGAUGUCUUAAAGUCUCGUGGCUUUGCCUGGUCAGACGGUCAGAAGAAAAAGAAAAAGGGCAAACGCUAAACGGUUGUGUCUCUCAUCAAAUUGGUCGGAUGGAUGGAUGGGAUGAAUGAAUGAACUUGCCGGCCCCAGCAACAACAAAAACAGCCACCAUCAACUAGACACGAAUCUAGAAAAUACCCCCAAAAAAGUCAUCACCCUACACGUCAUGACGCCCACUCGUAUGGCUGCAUUACGAAUUUGACUUAAUUUUGUUCUACUAUUUUUAUUUGUAUCGCCAAAGAAAUGUGGCUAUUUUUAAAAUCAAAAUAAAAAAACUGUCUCAUCUUGAUAUGAUUUUCAGAUAUAAUAAAUAUAUGCCAAUAGCAA